AUGACUGACGACAACAGACCCCGCACCCCGACCGAAGAAGAGAUUGCCGCCGUCCUCGCCGACGCUCGCGCUAACGACUACUCCUACUCGGACUAUUACUACUCUGGCAUCAGCGAUGAGCCCGAAGCCAACGCUAAUGCGCGCGCUGGAGGCCCCUCAGAUCUAGGCGGCGAUGUAGCGAUGUAUCAUCACACCGAAGACAACACAUGGCGGGCCUACCCGCCUGCGGGAGAGGCGGGUAUCACGGAGCUGCCGGAACUUGAAAGGGUACCUGGGGAGUUGCCUGAGGCGACCAUGAGGAGGAAAAGAGAUCGCUUGAGAGCGCGGGGAAUUAGAAUCAUCAAGAGGGUGAAACAUCGGACCGUUGUGCCGGAAGGGGCGCCUCCGAAGGUGAGUACGUUAAGAAGAAUCGGGAGGAAGUUGACGAUGCGUAGUUUGAGGUUAGAUGGUGGUUUGGAGUGGCGUUAG